GUACUGGGGGCAGCGGGGAGGGGGAGCUGCAGGGUGUAGUUAGGGGCCGUGGCGAGGCCCUGGGCGGGUGGGAGCCAUGGGGAAGGAAGGAUGGCUCGGGGCGUGUGUCGCUGCCUGACCGCGGCGCGUCACCAGCGGCAACAGCCGGAGCCCCGCGGUCCCGCCACCGCCCCCGCACACAUGAACCCGCCGGCAUCCCCCGGGGCCGGCCGCGACCUGGACAGCGCCGAGGGCAUCCCGCCGGGUCCGGGCGAGAGACUGAGCCCGCGGACCGGGCGCUAAAACCGCCUCGCCAUCCGCACGCCGCGGUCCGACAGGAGGAGCCCCGAGUGCCGCGCCAGACGCCGGCACCGCCGCCGCUCCCGCCGGCAGCCCAUGGAUAAGGCGGGCUCGCUGCACAGCUCGGUGCCCGGGCCGCCGCCCCGGCUCUACCUGCCGCGCAACUUCAGCUGCAGCGCCUGCCUCUAUGGCAGCCUGGCCGAGCAGUGCAGGGCGGGCUGCAGCCCCGACGGCGACGCCGCGCCCACGCCCGUGGUGCGGGAAGCGGCGGGCGAGAAGCCGCCGCCGAGCCGCGGCCGGGAGCCCACGCUGCCCGCCGUGCCCCCCAGCCCCACGCAGCGCCGCCGCGCCAAGUCGCUGCCCACGCCCGGCGACCGCAGCCUGCGCCCCGCGCUGCAGCAGAGCCCGUCGCGCCGCAAGACCGUGCGGUUCGCCGACUCGCUGGGGCUGGAGCUCACCUCCGUGCACCUCUUCUGCGAGGCCGACCUGCCGCGGGUGCCGCUGCCCGCGCCGCCGACGCCGCGCCCCGCCGACCUCCUCAAGACCAGGAAGCCGCCGGCGCUGGGCGACCUGGAGCCGGUGCUGUUCGGGCCACCGCCGCCGCUGCUGGAGCCGCUGUUCCCGCCGCAGCCCGGCGCCAGCCCCGGCUUCACGGAGCGGGUGCGGCAGCACAAGGUGAGGCUGGAGUGGGUGCGGGCAGAGCCGGCGGGGCUGCGCGGGGCCGUGCGCGUCCUCAACCUCGCCUACGAGAAGGUCGUGUCGGUCCGCUACACGCUCAAUGGCUGGGCCAGCUGCUCCGAGGCUGCCGCCACGUACCAGCCGCCCGGGCCGGCCGACGGCAUCACCGAUCGCUUCGCCUUCCUGCUGCCCCUGGGCGCAGCCGCCGCCGCCGCCGAGACCACGCUGGAGUUCGCCGUCCGCUACCGCGUCGCCGGCUCCGAGUACUGGGACAACAAUGAGGGCAAGAACUACAGGCUGCGGGGCCGGCAGCGCUUCCCGCCCGCCGCAGGGCCCCCGCAGGACCCCGACAGCUCUGCCUGGAUCCACUUCAUCUGAAACGGGGCAGCGCGGAGCCCGCGCAGGGUCGGGCGGGCCCCUCCCGGGGGGCUCGGAACCCUCCCCGCCAGCCGCCCGGAGGAGUUUUCCCGAGUUUUGUUUACAGAGGGGUAAUUUGUGUUUUCUGUGUCACUAGCGGGGCCGGGGGGAACCCCGGCUCUCAUCCCGGGCGCUCACGGGGGGUGGGCAGGGAGGCCUGGGUUUCCCCUCAGUGUCCCGAGCACUGUGGAUUCCACCAAAGCAGCGGCUGCCGGCCGGGCUCCGGGGUCAGGGGCCGGGAAUGUGCGGGAUCUGCCGGUCAGGAGCGGGACCUGCAGGUGAGAGCACAUCCUCCCGGCCCCGGAGGUCAGGCUGAGCUGCUGCCACCUCAGCAGGUUACACGGAGGGCACUGCCACAGGGCACCGCUCCGUCCUGUUUGCCUAAUCCUGCUCAAGCAAAGCCCGGCGAGGGCUGGAUCCCCCUCAGCGCCUCUCUGACCCACUCGUGUUAAUUAUCCCGCGGGGUCAAGGGCCUGAUAGAGCAGGCUAAGGGCCCUUCACCCAUUCAUUAGUUUUGAACCCAAAAAGACAAAAGUACGGAUGCCCCAAGGCAUAGCUGUGCUUCAUUAUGCAGUGAAAGUGUUCUACUUAAAUCAAAGGUUUUUUUAUUUUUUUGGUUUUUUGUUUGUUUGUUUUUUUUUUACUUUUGAACCCUGUUUCGGGUAUUUCAUCACAGUAAGAAAGAAACAAAAACAUCAUCACAUCCCAUUUGAAACACAACUCGCUGACAGAUUUUUAAAAUAAAGUGUUUUGGUUUAGAAUUCAUGUGGUACGGUGAUGGAAAAGUUUGUCAGGGUCUGGUGUUUGUUUCAGUAGGAUGGGUCCCACAAAGCUGCUUGUGUUCAGGUCAGCAGGAAAGCUGUGGAACUGCACCAAAGAAACGAGAGGCAAGAGUUGAAUCUGUAAUUCCAGUCUGCAUCAUGAGCAACACCUUCAUUUUUAUUCCAGUUUACAGUUUAAUUAAACAGUAUCAGUGUAGGAACCUGCUUUCUGAAUUUCCUGCUCCAAAUUCUUCAUAAUAAUUUCGGUAAGUGAUGGAUUUCACAAAACAGGUGAAUUUUAAUUAGACAAAUGUAAGAAAUUUCUACCUUGCCAGGUAAAAGUAUAUCAAUCAAAAUUACACAGCAUACUGACCUCUGCCUUCAAAGGUAUGUUUUAAAUUAUAUUAGCAGUAAACCAAGCAUUUUCCUUUUUAAACAUGUUUUUUCAGGAGUUCAGCUGAAUACAGGUUGUGCUGGUGCCAAAUCUGGGUGCUAAUUUUCCAGGGCUGAGGCAUGUAUGUGUUUGCUGGAGAGGGGCCCCUGUGACUAUGACUUCUGAGCAUGGUAAAACCAUGUCAGUGUGAUUUUCUGGUUGUGAAGAGCUGUAAGAUGAGGCCUUUAGGUUUUGGAUUUUCUGUAGGUUGUUUCACGAUGAAAUGCAAUUUUUUUUUAACUGCAUUUUUGUGUUUCUUGAAAGGGUUAAGUAUCCCAAGCAGCUUGAGUAAUGUCUGGAGUAAUGAGUUCUCACAGAACCUUUUGACUCUGGUGAGAAUUGAGAGCAGUUUUGUCUCCUGAGGGUCUGAUUCAGUCAGAAUAAUUAAACUUAUAAAUUCUGGGGGAAAAAAGAGGUCUGGAAACUCAAUGGGAAAAGAGUAUUUAAUUUCAUUUCUGUAGAUUACUGGUUCUGAUUUAAGGGAAGUAAUAGCAAGACUGCUUUUGGCAGUAAAGCAGUUUGGUUUUAAUUUCUAAAGAAAAGUUGUUUUAAUUUCUAAAGAACAGUGUUCUAAUCCCUGUGCUUUUAAUGAAACAAAACUUACAGAAAUACACUAUCAGCAUCUACUGAGUAUUUCACAUUUUAGUGUAUUAAGGUCCCCACCUUAUAAUACAGUCAUCCUGUGAGUUAUUAGAACACAUUUAUAAAGCUAGAAUUGCACAACUAGGGUCUUAAAAUGUUUGUGAUUAAAACAUAUUAAGUGGUGUAUUUGUUAAAGCAAGCCCAAGUGUCUUUUAGUUGAACUUUACAUGUUAUAAGAGCCUUAAUACUGGAGAAAAGGAAAAGGACUUGUCUCCAUUUGAAAGCACUUUGAAAUCUGGUAGAAAUAUAGCAAACCAUCAUUUAUUUAUGUGUUGUAGCUUUCCAAAGCUUGGCCUUUUUAACUGAGAGAGUGAACCAAGAGCAGUUAUGUGGACUAAUGAAAAUGCUUGGAGAAAAAAGUAGUUUCUAUGCAUUUUAGAUCAACUGAUGCUGCAACUUUGCUUAUGAAGUUUUAACAGGAUUUCCUGUUUAUUGUUUCAAUGGCUUUAAAAAACAUGGGCAAUGCUAAAAACCAUUUUUAACACUGAGCAAUUCUAGAACUCCAAAAUAUUUUCCAGUGAUUGGCAGUUUUCAUUGUUGCUUGAUUUACGCAGUUUUCAUUGUUGUUUGAUUUAUGCAACAUAUGUAGGUCUCUAAAAAUUCUCUGUAAGUCUCUAAAAAAGUUUUUAAAUCUCCUUCUAGCACCUGUGGCUUAAACACUCGCAAUUUGGAUUACCUAAGUGGAUAUACCUGCAUCAAGUGCACACAGAGGUUGUUGUAUUUCGCUUUAUUGGUGAUCAUGAUUUAGGUGAACUUUAGGUUCUUGGUUGGAAUUUUAGAGGCAGAAUUGGGCUAUGGCUUUAUAAUACUGUUCAGAUAUUAUUGUUCUUUUAUUUAUGGCCAGCUUUGCCAAACACAAAUCUGAAUAUUCAACCUUCUGAAGUCAUAGCGUACCAGGAGAGUGUUUUGCAAAGCAGUCUCCUGAGCUCUCAAGCAGUUAAUCCUGACCUCAACCUAAAUUUUGUGAGUAACUUUAUGGACUUUAUCAGAGAUUAUUGAUGAGACAUGUGCCAGUGCAGUGAAAGACAUGGUCCUGUAGAAGGUUUAGAGACAGCUCCAUUGUAAUGCUGGAAAGGGAAGGCUGCAUGCAGCCAGCUUUGACCAGAGAAUGCUGUUGAUGAAGUCUGUGGGAGGAGACUGAGCUGUUUUCAUAGAAAUUAUCAGUAGUGUAUGCCAAAGCUGCACAACUUCAUUUACACAUUUGCACUUCUGUCACCUGAAUUUAUUUCCAAGAAAAGUUUAUUCACAUUUCCAAAUGUGUUCUGUUUAGUGGCUGGGAGAAUUUUUCCACUGGCAGCAUUCGUGUAAUUUUCAAUCCAUUAGAUUUCAAUCUGAACCCAUCUAUGCCAUCUAAUAGUUGCUAGAAGCAUUGUGAUAAGUGGAGAUGAAAUAGAAAUGUCAAACAAUAUUUAUAUAAUGCAUAAACAAUGACUUUGAGGAGAAAAACCUGCGUUGAAGGGGGUCAUUUUCAAGUUGGCAGGAUACUAAUUAUUGUGAGCUUGAGCAAAACAUGAUUUUAAAUUGUAUUUCUAAAAAAUAUUGUUCAAGAAAAAACUUUCACAAGCAAAUUUAAAUAUUCAAAAAAUUUCAAGCCAAUCUAUUUCUGGAAAAAAUGGUUUUAUAUGUAUGAAUGAGAUCCAUGCCACCUCCCUUUCCAAGUGAUACCAGAAUGGUUUAGGCAAGGCAAUAAUCCUUAGGUCAUGUACUUCACUUGUAAGUGAAUUAUUCAUUGCUUAUGUCUCUGCAGGUGUAAAAAUGUGUCUGUCAUUUAUGGUGCAAAGUUGUAGCUUUAUUAAAUGUGCCAUGUUAUUUUAUGUGCACUAUAAUGCUCAUGUAUACAGCGAGUCGAGUUGUACUGUAAUUCUGAUAGACAUGGAUGUUUGCUGCUUCACACUGGAACUGGUAGGGUUUUUGCAUGUGAUUCUAUGUCUUCUGUGGCAAUAUUUUGGAGAUUUACCCUAAUUAUUAGAAAUCCUAAAACAAAUGAGAACUAUUAAGUAAUCAUAAAUGGAAUUUCAGCUAGAAAAACGUAUUAUUUAUUAGCAUAAAAUCAGUAACUGAAGGUGGUGUACUUAUUUUCACUAAAUGUACAGAAUUUCAGGUAAAUUAAUUUUUUUCUCCUUUUACCAUUUGCAAGUAACUUUUUGAUGUGAAUGUGUAUGCCUCAGUAUCUCAGUAAACAACAGAGUAAGUGCACACUCAGUUGUUUCAGCAGAUGUGAGGGGCAAAUAUAUCACUUGAAUGAACAAAUGUCUGUUCAUGCAUGAGCGUCAUCCCUUUACAGAUACAUGAAAUGAUUUUCCAUAAUGCCAACAGGCAAGCAGCUGCUAAUUUUAAUGUAAAGUUACCUGCAGAAAUACUCAGAAUUUGAUUUUUUGAACAUAUAUUAAAAUUUUUAUGUGCCUUUCAGCAUUUCCUAGAAAUAAAGCUCACGUGUUCCUUAGCUCUCCCACCACAAGUCCAAUAAUGAACUUGUCAUUAAAAUGAAAUUUUUACAAAAAUAUAAUAAUCUUAAUUCCUGACAUUUUUAGCUGUGCCAGAAAUACUGUAUCUAUAGCAGCCAGAAUGAUUUGAUAAUAUUUUCCAAUAUUACAGUGAAAGAAAUGUCAGUGAGAAAUAUGUUUUCGUGGUACACCUCUAUGUAGUUAAGUAAAAAAGAAACCAAUUGUGGCUAUAGUUAAUAUAACAGAACAUAUUUGUUGUACAUAUUCACCUCUUGCACAAAUAUUCUAAAUAUAUAUUCUAUCUGAAGCCAGAAGUUCUAGUUUUCUAUGAAAUCUGUUCAUGGAGACCUGGCCUUUUCAACUUUUAUUGUUGCUUAUCUGAUGCUGCAUAAUGCAUAUUGUUAGAAUUUUUUGAUGGAUUUAAUCUGCAGGGUUUAUAUCAUGAAACAAAAGUGCUCAGUGCAAAGAAUAACUGAAGUAAAUUAGUUUUACUUUCCAGCUAUUCUGCAUGGCUUUUUGGCAAAUCCUCAGUAAUUCUGUUUCCUGUAGAUACUCCACGUGCACAUGCUUGGAGUAAAUGGAAGAAUUACUUAAUGGAAUGGAAAUAUUUUUGAGCACUGAAAUUAAGGAUUUUCCAACAAAAAUAGUUCAAGGCAAGAAGUAAAUAUAGUCAAUAUUGCUGUAAAACAAAGCCCACUGGCCUUAUGUAGAGCUGAUCAGUAUUUUGUUUAAAAUAGAAGACAGCGGUGUAUUUCAAAAUUAAACAUGUUCAGGGAAACACACCUGUUUCAGUGAAGUUUUCUCAGGUUCAGCUGAUAGGAGAGAAUUGCCCUAAAAUAAGGAGGAGAUAAGAUUUAUUUCCUUACAACUGCUUGGGCUUGAAUGUAGGUCUUCCAUGAGCAAAGUGGAUACUGAGCUAUAAAACCAUUGGCUAUUGCUUGGGGGUUUUCUUUAUCCAACUUACAAAUACUGUUUUAAAAUACCCUCACAGAAAGGAUUUUUGACUCUGGGUUUCCCCAUCUCAUGUGAAUAUCCUCUUCAUUAAUCACUCUGGCUUUUGCUUGAGGCCUCUUUUGUUGAGGAAAGAUUUGAUUUUAUUUUUAUGCUAUAUAUGAAUAUUAUUUUACAUUAGAUUUUUGGAGUGAAAGGCAGGGAAUUUUUUUCCUUGCAAUUUUCAUUUUUUAGAUAUUAAACAAUAGCAUGAAGUAUAAAAACUGCUUGAAAUUACAUAUGCACUAGUGAUUCCAAAGAAUAUAGCUAAGAAUAAUGUCAAGUGUGAGAUGUGCUUUUAAAAAAACAUACUUGCUUUGAUCUAGAAAGGCAGGGAGAAAGUCCUAGUCUCCAGUGCAAGCUGUUAAUGCCAGGGAUUUCUUUCUAUGCAAUUCUAUGGUGCACCUGUUUUUAUAGGGAUUAACUUGAUUGGUGUAGCUCAUGUAUCAGUGUGUUAUGUAUAGAAUAUUCUGUUUAAAGGGUCAUUAAGAAAACUGUGUGUCUUAAAUGGUGUUACAAAUUUAGGCUCUUUUUUGUCCAACCUGACUUCACUAAAUCAUAAGAAACUCCUCUGAAUAACUAUAACAAGACAAUAUUUCAUAGCAUUGCAUAAUCAAGUAUCACACGUUACACUUAUCACUUUCUAGGACAAAAGUUGUUUUACUGUCUUGAGUUUUAAAAUUUUUGUAUUUCUGUAUCUUAAAACAAAAAGCCAAAUCGUGCUACACUUCUAAAUACAAAGAGUUAAUAAGUGUGUUUUUAAAGCUGAUCAAAAGUAGUCAAACUAAAAUUGUCUGGCAUUACUUGUGUGUCAAAUUUCUGAACUGUGGUGUAAAAAAUGUUUGUGUACCUCCUGUGCCUCCUUCAUGGAGUGGCACUCAGGGUGCAAAACCUGCCAAGGUCUGGACACAAACCCAGGUUGCAGUGCAGGAAAAUUGCUGUGACAGAAUUGCUGUUCUUGGAGAGGUUUGAACAAACCCAACUCCUCCCUUGUAGUGUUACACAAAUAGAGGUUCUGUGUGUUGAAGAGGGUGUUCUUCAACAUGCAGGUUUUUAUUACUGUUUCUUUGAUUUACUGUGACGUCAUUCUGAAAAAAAAUUGUUACUUAACUCUGUACUUGACUAGGAGAUGUAGUACUAUUGGUUGUAGUGUCUUCUGCAAUGUUUAUAUUUCACCAAAUAAUGUUUGUUUCUAAUGUUUGUAAAAGUUAAUAUAAUACCACCAAAAGUCAAAAUCAACAUUUUCUAAUAAUGCCUUGUAAUUUACCUAGCCUUACAGUAUUUCAGAAAAUUUUCCACCAAAACUGCAUCUAGUCACUGCUUGUCACAAUUAUGAAAAAGAGAUAUUUAUAAACCUGUAGACUCUAGUUGCCAUUAAAGAUUGAGACAAAUCAUGA